UGUGUUAAGAGUUGCCAAACUGCUAAAAUAUAAAAGCUUUAUUAAAACAAAAUAUUCGCGAAGGUUAGGUGUUAAUAAUGUAGAUGGCGCUGACAACAGCAUAAGCAAAAUUUUUUAAUUGGCGCCACUGAAGAUAGACAUGCAUACAUAUGAACAUAUCUUAAUUUAUCUGGUUUUAUUUUAUCAUACAAUUUUUAUGUAUGUAACAGUGAAUUUAAGAGUUUUUAAGUCUUAAAUCUUUUUAUUGCGAUCGGAACAAAAUUAUUUAUAUAAAAACUCAAUGAAUGGUGAUACUCUUUUUGACUUCUAUAUAAUAAUUCUAUUUAUGUUUAUAUUAUUUGUCAUUAUUUUAAAUUAAGUACCAGUAUAUUAAACUAUUCGAAAUAUGUUGAAACUUCACGUCCAUCCAUGCGAAUACACGUGCUUUUGUGGCUUUUGAUAAAUAGGAUAUGCUCGCGCGUGCGUAACGGCCGCGCCAAUGAAUUCCAAUGUCGCUAAAUAAACAACGUCAGAAACAUACAUACAUAUUUGUACGUAAGUAACUUUGCAGAAAAUUAACAAUGAAUUAAAAAUAUUGAAAAAAAUAGAAAACGAAUAGUUUCCAUUGUGACUGCCGGGAUGUGGCCCAAAUGGCACAAGUUGCUGCAUUUGAUUUUUAACACUGCAGCGACUGUAUCGUAGCCCCAACCGCAAAUAAUGUGGCUUAAGCGUGAUGCUCAUUUCGUAUAUUUGUACAAUGCAAGCCAACUCCGCAAAAGUUUGUCGCUGUGCUUAAACCUACAUAUUAAUUCGUCCGGCUGUGAGGCGCGCACAGUUGCUGCGGGUAUCUUGUUAGCGGUAGUUCGUUUGUCAACGUUGCUCAUCUUUUGCAUACACAAGUGUAGAUUUCAGUCUUCCGUGGAAAAUAUUUGUGUUUGGAAAACUGGAUAAACAAAAAAAGUGCAAAAGUGAAAAAAAAACACACAAAACAAACUUGAUGUGCACUGACUUUCUGUUUUGAAAACUGACUGUAUUAUUUCGCUAAUUUCUCUCUGGUUCGGUGCUUGUAAUUUUUCUCAAAUUUUCUUCAAGCAAAAUGGUUUUAAAGCCCGAAUUAGAUGAACUUGUCAAAGUAUUGGAUAAUUGGUUAAGGACGCAGCCGCACUUGCCGCAAGCUAUAGAAAAGCCGGUGCUCGAGCGCUUCCUCUAUUCGAUGUUCGGCGAUGUGGAGAGUGCCCAACGCUUGCUUGAGCUCAAUUACGCGCUGCGCAACAAGUAUCCGCAUAUAUUUCUGCAACGCGAUCCCACGGAUCAAGAGUCGCAGCAGCUGUUGCAAGUCGCCGACUUGUUGCCUCUGCCUGGACUGACGCCGGACAAAAACAAGCUGCUUUUGUAUCGUCUUAUUGACUUUGAUGCAGAUAAGUUUAACUUUACGGCCAGCAUUAAGGUGUUCUUUAUGAUGGCCGACUUGCGUUUCGUCAUCCCCGACGAGGCGGGCAUGUGUGAUGGCGAGGUGCCCAUUUUCGACAUGGCCGGCUUCAGUUUGCGGCAUGUUGCACGCACAGUGUUCAGCUCGCUGCGUGUUUAUAUGAAAUUCGUACAGGAGGCACACCCAGUGCGUUUGAAGGCCAUUCACGUAUUAAAUUGUCCAUCUUAUCUGGAUAAAGUGCUGACGGUGGUGAAGCCGUUCAUUAAGAGUGAGGUGUUUAAGCUGAUUCACUUUCACUUACCUAAUGCUGAUACACCCUACAAAUAUUUUCCACGUGAUAUGUUGCCGGCGGAAUAUGGCGGUAAGGCCGGCACUUUGGCCGAUUUGAAGGAGAAAUGGACAGGGCUACUCAUAGAGAAGAGGAAUUAUUUAAUGAACCCCGAUGCAUGGAAAAUCGACAAAAGUAAGAAACUGAAAGCUGUUGUCCCAGCAGCGAACCGGCAGUCGGAUAGCAUAUGCCACAACUUGAAAACACUGGAGAUUGAUUAGAUAACUAAUUUUGCUUUGUAAAUAUGUAUAUAUAUAUACUUACAUAUAUGAAAACAUUUAUUUUUAUAAACGUUUGAAUGUUAUGAACAAAACUGUAUUCAAAAGUAA